AUGUCAAUGACUCUUGCGGCAGUGCUUGGCGGCGCUGCGGGGGCGGUGGCACUGGUCGGAGCAGUGACGAUUGCUUGUGUUCUAUGGAGAAUGCACCAUAGGAGAGCUUCGAGAGCCUCUGAGCCCAACUCCUCUGACCCAUCUCUGCAAGGUGAGAAGUCAACAUCGAGAUUACCCAGGAGAAUGAUCAUAUUUAUGAGUGGAAAAAACGUUUUCUUGAUCUUAUAAAUAUCUAAUCGAUGUGGGGCUUCCAGUGAGUCAGAGCAUUCGGCCUUCUUUGAGGGGAUGUUCAUCCUAUUCCUUCGAUGCCCAAGGAGCAAGAUGCUUCACGCUGGAGGAAUUGGGUCAGGCGGCAAACUAUUUCAACGCUCUGAACUUCAUCGGAGCUGGGAAAUUCGGAGAUGUGUACAAGGGUCUGCUCAACGAUAUGAUCGUGGCGAUCAAAAGGCGACCAGCUGCCCCCAGUCAGGAGUUCAUUCAAGAGGUAAUCAGCCAUGCCCAUCAAGCAGUAUACAGUCAUGAACCCAAAUCAGGGGGUGAAUUCCAUGUCGGUACUUCUCUCGAAAGAUUCAGGCAUGGUUAAUGUGGCUUUUGGGUAUGAUUUGCCGUCAUCAUCUCAUAUGAAAUCAUAGAUGGAGCAGAAAUAUGAGGAAUCCUCUGUUCAUGAUUCAGGUGGAAUACCUUUCAUCUAUUAGGCAUCGGAACCUGGUGAGCUUGCUGGGUUACUGUCAAGACAGCGGCUUGCAGAUGCUUGUGUAUGAGUACGUCCCAAAUGGAAGCAUCUCCGCUCAUUUAUAUGGCAAGUUCUGUCUUAGUUUGACCUCGUUCUACCCUCUCACCCUGGACUAGUUGACUUAGAUUGAGCAUUGUAUUUUUUGCUCCUUUCCUUUUUAGGUGCAAGUCAAACACCCAGUGAGAAGCUGGAAUUCAAGCACAGGCUUUCCAUUGCGCAUGGGGCAGCUAAAGGUGACGAUUAAAGACGUUUCCAUGCUUCCUUUUUUCACCAUGGUUAGAUGAAGUUUUUAUUAAAAAAUGAUAUUUAAGCUGGGCUUGUUCUUGCUGGAGUCCCUGAGAUACUUGUACUUAUCAAGAGUAUUUUAAAAAAAAAUUCUUAAAACGUACCGUUGACUGCUGAUCUAAAGCUUCAUAUGAGUUAUCUGAAUCAUGGGUUUGACCGAUCCAGAGGAUUUGUCUCUGUUCUGGGCAGAUUAGGGAUGAAGAAUUCUGGAAAUAGUCUUAUUCAUCUUGUGUUCUACAGGUCUGGCCUUUCUGCACUCACUCAGCCCACCCUUACUGCACACGGAUUUCAAGACCGCUAAUCUCCUGGUGGACGAGAACUUUGCGCCCAAGGUUGCAGAUGCUGGCUUGAGGAAUUUCCUCAGUAAAAUCGGCGGCAAUGGCCAGAAGAUGACCGCAGACGAUCUUUUCCUGGAUCCUGGGUACUCGUAUAUCCUUCCAAAGCUCAUAAAGCUGAUUAUUAUAAAAUAAAAUAAACUAAAAUCUGGAUAACAUUUUCCUGCCAUCACUGAUCGAAUAUUUUUUUAUUAUCUGUAGAGAGAGAAUUAUGGAUACAUAAAAUGAAUAUAUAUUGUUUUCAAUUUUGUGGGCAGGAUUAGAGAACUCCAAGAAUUUUCACACAGAAAAAGCCCUUGCAGAACUCUUAAAACUGAUUUUUUAUAUAAAAAUAAGCAUUCAAAUAAGAUCCUUUUCAUGCAAUAAAUCAUAAAAAAACAUUUUAUUACAAUCACAGUGGGCAUCUUUUUUUUUUUUAUCGGUCUAUCUAAUUAUGGGCGUAUAUUUUUGAAUUGAUGUGGGCAGGAUUAAUGAAGUCCAAGAACUCACAGAGAAAAGUGACGUCUACAGCUUUGGAGUGUUCCUCCUGGAGUUGGUGAGUGGGCAGGCGGCUGCAGAGUUCCAAUUCAUUGGACCCCAUGAAAGCAUCAUCAAAUGGGUAAACAAACCCCCUCGUUGGAGAGGAUCGUUCUCUGAGAUUCAAUCAUUUCCAUUACUGUUGCUAAGUUAAUCUAUUUUUGUGCUAUGCAUGUGAACGUAAAGAUAUAAACUAAGGAAGGUGAUACCCUGCCGAUGACUUCUGUUUCCUCAGGCACAAAGCUACCAUGACUUGAAGGACAUCUCAGACCUCGUUGAUGCAAAAAUCGAAGGCCGAUUCACCACCGAGGGAGUGAGAGAGUUCCUCCGGCUCGCCGCCAGGUGCCUGAGCCCGCCGCCCGGCUUCGGGCGGCCGCCGAUGAGUGUGGUGGUGGCGGAGCUCGACCGGAUCCUCGAGAAAGAGAGGAGCUUGACGACAUUCAUGGGUGAAGCCACCCCGAGUGUGACCCUCGGAAGCGAGCUGUUCACAUCCUAG